GACACUACAGCUCAUUUUGCGCAAAAAUCAUGAAAUGACAAUUUUCCCAGUGCUUUCUCAAUUUUUGUUGCAUUGUUGAAAGUAUGAACUUUACGAAAAUAACACUUAUCUAAAGUUAAAAAUUAUCGUUUUAACAUUAAAAUUAAUACUUUUUGAUGGCCUAUACAAAAAAUAUCGAGUCUCCUCCUUUUAGUCUUCAGACGCAUGCGCAUAGACAGUAAACAGUGCAGCAUGUCGUCCAGUGAGAGAAAGUGUAGUUGAUAGAUCUAGCAUUUUGACAGAUUCUGUGAGAAAAGAGGUAAAAAUAGAAUGAGAUAAAACUCAUGCGUGAAAUAAAAUUUACCUAGGGAUCAGUAUGACCGUUGGAAAACAGAGAGCUCGGAGAAACGCAUGUAACUCAGUGGCGGAUCUAGGAUUUUUGAAGAGAGGUGUGAAAGUCAAAGAUUAGCCAAAGUAAUCGGCCAUUCGGGUGCAAAAUUUUGAUUUUCAUUCACAAUCUGUGGCGUAAAAAGGGAGGGGGAUACUGGCCCCCUAAAUCUGCCAUUGAGACUAGCUGCGAAGACACUACGUUUAAAAAAAUAGAUAAAAAUCAUGGAGGACUUAAUGCCCCACCUAGCAAAAAUCAAGGCUCCAUUUGGACAGGAAAAGGUGUUCAAAGAAGAAUGCACCUUUUCAUUUGAUAAUCCAGAGAGUGAGACAGGAUUGUAUGUUUGUAUGUCAACAUUUCUUGGGUUGGGAAAAAAGUAUGUUGAAUGGUACUACAACAAGACAGGGAAUGCUGUAUUUUUUCACAUCAGAAGAAUACGAAAAGAGAUUGAAAAGACCAAUGAAUCUCCACCUGAAAAAAAGCCUACUAAAAUGGCAAUAGGAGUAGAGGGAGGAUUUAAUCCAGGUGAAAAGCAGUUCGAGUUUGAAGAGAACAACUCCAUUGUUAUUUUGCCAAAAUGGACCGUGAUUUCUCUUCCUAACCCAGAGCUGCCUGAUAUUGCCCAGAUCUCACUGGCAGCCAUAUUGUCAGCUGAAGAUCCUCUAAAGGCAGCUGAGGCAGCAGCCAUGUCGAACACAUGGGAGGGGGAGGAGAGAAAAGUAUCCAAGUAUGCCGAAAAUCUGAAACAACUUGACAAUGGUAAAAAGAUACCACCCACUGGCUGGAAGUGUGAAAUGUGUGACCUGACCUCUAACCUCUGGCUGAACUUGACAGAUGGCAGCAUUCUUUGUGGGAGACGGUUCUUUGAUGGUAGUGGUGGAAAUAACCAUGCUGUGGAAACCUAUGAAAAAACAGGCUACCCUCUAGCUGUGAAACUGGGGACGAUUACAACAGAGGGAGCGGAUGUAUAUUCCUAUAGUGAGGAUGACAUGGUUCUAGACCCACAUCUAGACAAACAUCUUGCUCAUUUUGGAAUCAACAUUAAAGCUUUGGAAAAGACAGAGAAGACCAUGGUAGAGCUUGAGAUUGAUAUUAACCAGAAGAUUGGGGAGUGGGAUGUGAUACAGGAAGCUGGCAGUAAAUUGUCUCCCUUGUAUGGUCCUGGAUACACAGGAAUGCGAAAUCUGGGAAACAGUUGUUACAUGAAUUCUACCAUGCAGGUUGUCUUCUCUAUCCCAGAUUUCCAGAAAAGAUAUACAGCCCCCUCAUUUGACAACAUUCCAAAUGACCCAACAUCAGAUUUCACUCUGCAAAUGACAAAACUUGGCAAUGGUCUCAUGUCAGGUGAUUACUCCAAACCACCACCAGAUGGCGUUGAUGAGAGAUUACUGGCACCCUCAGGCAUCCGUCCACAAAUGUUUAAGACUUUAAUAGGAAAGGGUCAUCCAGAAUUCUCCACAAAGCAUCAGCAAGAUGCACAAGAAUUCUUCCUACAUCUUAUCAGUAAUUUAGAGAAAAAUACACGAGGCACUGUAAAUCCAGCUGAUUGCUUCAAAUUCCAAGUAGAGGACAGAGUGCAAUGUACACAAAGUAAUAAAGUGAAAUAUACAAGUCGGUCCGAAUACUGUCUGUCUUUACCUAUACCUUUAGAGGCCACUGUGAACAAAGAUGAAGUAACCUUGUUUGAGGCCAAGAAGAUAGAAUUGGAGGCCCAGGGCAAGAAAAUCCUAGACCCAAAAGAAAUUGUCCGUCCUAAAGUUCCUCUAUCUGCAUGUAUACAGAGUUUUGCAGCAUUUGAAACAGUGGAUGAUUUUUAUAGUAGUGCAAUAAAAGGGAAAACUAUUGCUAAAAAAUCAACACGAUUAUCUACCUUUCCUGACUAUUUAAUGUUGCAUUUAAAGAAAUUUACAAUUGGAGAUGAUUGGGUGCCAAAAAAAUUAGAUAUUUCACUUGAUGUCCCAGAUGAUCUUGACCUUUCAUCAUUACGUGGUCAAGGCCUCCAGCCAGGAGAGGAGGAGCUUCCCCAGGAGAUUGAGGCCCCACCAGAAGUUCAGAUCGAUGAAGGAGUUGUUGCACAACUGGUAGAGAUGGGGUUCCCAGUAGAAGCUUGUAAGAAAGCUGUGUUCAACACCAACAACAGUGGGCUGGAGUCUGCCAUGAACUGGGUCAUGGAACACAUGGAAGAUCCAGAUUUCCACAGUCCGUUUGUUCCCCCUGGAAGUAAACCAAAGACAGGAAGUUUUGUUCCCAAUGAGGAUGCUGUUGCCAUGGUGAUGUCUAUGGGAUUUAACAGAGACCAGGCCAUUAAGGCUCUAAAGAACACGGAUAACAAUGUAGAGCGUGCAGUGGACUGGAUAUUUAGUCACACAGACGAGCUGGACACACCCAUGGAGGCCGAGGCUGGUGGGGACACGGUGCCGAACACGACCUACAGGGACGGAGAGGGCAAGUAUAAACUGGUGGCAUUUAUCAGUCACAUGGGAACCUCAUCAAUGGUGGGACACUAUGUAUGUCACAUUAAGAAAGAAGACCGCUGGGUCAUAUACAACGAUGAGAAGGUGGCGCUGUCUGAACAACCUCCGCGGGACCUCGCCUACCUCUAUCUGUAUCAGCGACAGUGACGAAGAGGACCUGUAGCAGCAUAAUGUAUAUUGUCAUUAUGUGAUAUAAUGGGGGACAACUCUUGUUUCUCUCUCAGCUUGACACUAUUAAUGUCCGAGUAACGUUGACAAAAAACGUGGUGCAUGGAUUAUGUUAUUUCCACUAUCUCAUUUAAUAAAUGGCUUAAAGUCAUAUUGAUUGUGUAUGUUAUUUGGGUUAUUUAAAUAUUAAGAAAUGUG